AUGCUGAAUGCGUGGGACACCCUAAGAGGUGGACGCAGAGACAAUGACUGUCUUGUGGAUGAUCUGGAACUCCAGAACCGACUGAAGUCUCAGCGUGUUGCAGAUGCUCUGCGGAAGGUUGACCGCAAGUUCUUCAUUCUGCCAGACAUGUUCUCCAUUCGAGCAUACCAGGAUCAGGCCCUACCCAUUGGCUACGGGCAGACCAUAUCUGCACCCCACAUGCACGCAGCUGCUCUUGAACUGCUGGAGCAACACCUGCAACCAGGCUCUUCGGUGCUUGAUGUGGGCUCAGGCUCUGGCUAUCUGAGCGCGUGCAUGGGGCACAUGGUGGGUAGCAAGGGCCAUGUGCUGGGCAUUGAGCGCGUGCCGCAGCUGGCCCAGCGCUCCAUCUCCAGCCUGCGCAGAGCAGCGCCCGAGCUGUACGAGAAUGGCACAGUCACCCUCAAGGCCGGCAACGCUCUGGACGACCUUGCCCUUGAGGAGUAUGGCCCCUUUGACGCCAUCCACGUUGGCGCUGCUGCAGCAUCACUUCCGCAGGUGCUGGUUGACAAGCUGAAGCCAGGCGGACGCCUGAUCAUUCCUGUAGGCGAGCCGAACGAUCUGCAGGUGCUCAAGUGUCUUGACAAGGACAAGGAGGGACGAGUGACAUCCAAAGACAUGAUGGGCGUGCUAUUUGUUCCAUUGAUGGACUCAGCACUGCCUGGUCAUCCCCACCACCGAGAUCCAGAGCUGUAG